AGUACCUUCAUGAUUCAUGACAACUCAACGCUGUCUUGUGUCUUGUAUUGUUAUUAAUUGAGUUGAAUUAACUGAUAGCAGCAGAUAGCAAUAAUAUCGAAGAUUUAAUAAAAAGUAAUUUCGUUAAAUCGGAGAUAAGAAAUGGAUUUACAAGGUAUAUGGGAAGCAUUUUUUGAUAAUCCAUCAGAUGAUGAAUAUGAAUAUUUUCCACCUGAAAGGGAACGUCAUAAUAGAAUUCCACAUUAUUUCGAAAAUAUUGUUUUGACAUAUAGUUUAACAGAUUUUAAAUCACAUUUUCGGGUAGAAAAGCAUACAUACGAAAGAUUGGUACAAGAUCUUGGACAACGUCUGUAUCGCGAACAAGGUGUUGAGAAAAUGUCUCCUGGAAAGCAAAUAGCUAUUACUUUAUGGUUCUUUGGUAAUCAGGAAGUUUACAGAUCAGUUGCAGAUCGAUUUGGAGUAUCCAAAGAUACUGUUUGGAAAUGUGUAUUUGAGAUUGCAAUGUUACUAACUGAAGAUGUCCACAGAUAUAUAAAAUGGCCUGAACUUCGUGAAAUGGCUACCUUUGAAAAAGAAUUUCGUCAAUUACAUGGUUUUCCUGGAGUAAUUGGUGCAAUUGAUGGUUCCCAUAUAGCAAUAAGUGCACCUAUAGAAAAUCCUGAAAAUUAUAUUAAUCGCAAAGGCUAUCAUUCAAUAAUAUUACAAGGAAUUUGUGAUUAUAAAUUAAAAUUUAUAGAUGUUUUUACGGGAAUGUGUGGUAGCGUUCAUGACGCAAGAGUAUGGCGUUUAAGCGACAUUGGGACAUUAAUAGCACAAGAUGAAAAUAGAUACUUUCAAAAUCAGUACCAUCUUCUGGCGGAUUCAGCAUAUCCUUUAUCAAAUUAUAUAUUAACUCCAUAUCGAGAUAAUGGUCAUUUAACCAAUGUACAAAGAAGGUUUAACACAAAACUCUCAAAAACACGUGUAGUCAUUGAGCGUGCUUUUGGAACGUUAAAAGGAAGAUUUAGAAAAUUAAGAUAUAUUUAUAUGUAUAAUACAGAAAUGAUACCCUUAGUUAUUCUUACUUGUUGCAUCUUACAUAAUAUAUGCAUAGAAAAUGAAGAUGCACUUAUAGAUGAUGAUGCAUUAGAUGCAAUAGAAAUGCAAGAUAAUGACAUUGCAUUUAUGAAUGGAGCAGAAAAAAGAGACAUUAUCUCUAAUUUGUUGUAAAAUUGUCUUUAUAAAAUAUAAACAUCAUUAUUAUAAAUAUACGUAUUAAUAUAUAAAACAGGCAUUAUAUUGAACCUUGAACUUGUCACUAAAUACAACAGCUGUCAUAUAUUUAUAAAUUAGAUCAUUUUGAAUAAAAACGUCCUAUACUCA